AUGCCCGACUACGCAACAGGUGAUACGGUUCGCUAUAAGCCUAUUGGCGGACCUGAUUCCAAAACUGCCGAAGCAAUCGGCAUCAUCCGGGACGUCCGCACGCACUCUGGUACCAUGACGGGGCGGAAGAUCGAAGCGUCGGAUGAGAUGCCGCGGUAUGAGAUCGAGAACUCUCAUACACAUAAACGAGCGGCGAUCAAGGAGAGUAGUAUUCUUGGACCGGCGGAGUGA